UUGUGCUGUUAGGCGCGAGCAAUGUUUAAUUGUUGAUCCGUCCCGUAAACAAAUAACAAAUAAUGGGUAAUCACAAGGUUCUUCGAUCGGCGGGCAGCAAUCUGCGUUAUUCUAUGUACGAGUUUAUAGAGGCGGUACACAAGCGCUCAAUUAUAUGGGAAAGAAGGCAUCCGAACUUCCACAACCGGGAACUGAGGGAUCAGGCCUGGCAGCAAAUUGGCCAGGAGCUGUGCGCAAAUUUCGAGGGCUCCAGUGAGCCGGAGAAACAGGAAAUCGUCAAAACCUUGCUGAAACGCUGGAAAAACACUAGGGACAGCUAUUUGCGGGUAAACAGGUUGCGACAAAGUGGCGAGGAGGUGGCCAGAGCUUCUUAUAUCUACGAAAAGGAGCUGAGUUUCCUGCUGGAUGUGAAAGCAGAGACGGAAGACGAUGAAGAGCCCUUAAAGGAGGAUCCUAAACCCCUGGUCAAACGGAAACGCCUGCAUGCCGGCCAGAAAUCUACCAGAACUUCAAAACGGAGGAACUCCGGUCAGGAAACGAGUCUAGAGCCCGCCACCAUUCCGGAUAACUUUCACUCGGUUCUGGAAGAUGUGAGCUACACAAGGGAGGAUACUGUGCCACCGGAGAUCGCUCCAAUCCCCCACAUUCCUGCAGAUCCUCCAUGUAGUACAAAUACCGCCCCCACAUCCACAUCCGCAUCCGCUGAUCCCGAUCAGGCAUUCUUCGAUACCAUCAAGCCGCAUAUGCAACGUAUGUGCGCCGAUCGCAAGCUCGACUUUCAGAUCGAAGUCUUGAAAAUACUACGUAAUUUUAAGCCAAACUGAAUAAUAACUAUAAAUGUUAAAUCAUGUA